CUCACACAAAUAUAUCUGCUCUUUCCUUAAUGAAGUACAACUAAUGUUUUACGAUGAAGGCUAUUAACUUGCUAUUCCGCUGUGUUAUGUUUUCGGUCUUAAAUUACGGGGUGAUUGGCUCUAAUGUAGAACACAAGCUGUACAAAGAUCUGUUCACUCGGUAUAACCCAUACAUCCGACCCGUGGAGAAUGUAUCCGACCCCGUCAUUGUCCAGUUUGAAGUGUCAAUGUCCCAACUUGUCAAAGUGGACGAAGUUAAUCAGAUUAUGGAAACCAACCUUUGGCUGAAACAUAUAUGGAAUGAUUACAAGUUAAAAUGGAACCCCGAUCAAUAUGGAGGCAUUGAAUUUAUUCGAGUACCUGCAGAUCAGAUCUGGAAACCUGAUAUUGUUCUCUACAACAAUGCAGUUGGUGCCUUUCAAGUGGAUGACAAAGCAAAAGCCUUGUUGAAAUACUCUGGAGAUGUAAUUUGGAUCCCACCAGCUAUAUUCAAAAGCUCCUGUAGGAUUGAUGUGACCUUUUUCCCAUUUGACUACCAGAACUGCACCAUGAAGUUUGGCUCCUGGACCUACGAUAAAGCAAAGAUCGAUCUAGUAAUGAUUGGCUCUGCCAUUAACCUGAAAGAGUACUGGGAGAGUGGAGAAUGGGUUAUCAUCAGUGCUCCCGGAUACAAACAUGAGAUAAAAUACAACUGCUGUAUAGAAAUUUAUCAGGAUAUCACGUAUUCCCUUUAUAUCAGACGUCUACCGUUAUUCUAUACCAUUUACAUGAUAAUUCCGUGUCUCCUUAUUUCUUGUUUGACUAUACUAGUUUUCUACUUGCCUUCAGAUUGCGGAGAGAAAGUCACCUUGUGUAUGUCUGUUCUUUUAUCCCUAACAGUGUUUCUUCUGGUUAUUACCGAAAUCAUCCCCUCUACUUCAUUAGUCAUUCCACUUAUUGGUGAAUAUUUACUUUUCACAAUGAUAUUUGUUACACUUUCCAUUGUCAUUACCGUAUUUGUGUUAAAUGUGCAUUACAGAACUCCUAAAACACACACUAUGCCACGGUGGGUAAAGACAAUCUUCUUGCAUUUACUUCCAAAAAUUAUGCUCAUGACCAGACCGGUUAAAGAAGAUUCUUCUACUGUGAAAUCACCAUUAAAUGCGGAUAUAUUUAACAUAAAUAGCAUCAGCAGUUCUGAGAUACAAAGCUAUACGGACCAAAUGUUUUAUCAGGACAAUGCAUGUCCAUGUGGCCAGCAAAAAAGGUUUUACCCCCCAGAAGUUGCAUCCAGUCUAACGAGGGGCUCUAGCCUAGAAUCCAUGGACAAUCAGGUCUCAAAUUCUGGAUUAUCCCUCGAGGUACGUGAAGCCAUUGAGAAUGUGCAUUUCAUUGCACAGAACAUGAGAAUCCAGAAUGAAGCCAGAGAGAUUCGGAAUGACUGGAAGUACGUUGCCAUGGUAAUUGAUCGCAUUUUCCUGUGGGUGUUCGUGCUGGUCUGUAUUCUGGGAACUGCUGGACUCUUUUUGCAACCUCUAUUGCUUGGAAAUUGAAUAUAUUUGUAUUUGUCAUCAUCGGGAAAUUAGGAAUAUAUACUCUAAAUAAACAUGUUGACUAUGUUUUGGUAAGGGUGUG